AUGGCGAAGCCGGCGAAGUACGACGAGGAGGAGGAGGUCUCGUCCUCCACCGAGGAGGAGGAGGACCAGUCCGACGCCGCCGGCUCCGGAUCUGGCGAGGAAGGGGAUGAGGAGGAGGAGGGGGAGGAGGAUGCGGCGCCGCCUGCGGAGGAGGAGGAAGCUGCAGGAGAGGGCAGGAGGAGGAGGUUGACGAGGAGGAGAUCGAAGCCGUCACUACCGGCGCUGGUGCUGAGGACGAGGAGGACGUUGAAAGCGAUGCCGCCGCUGAAGGCGACGACGAGUCCCAGUCCACCGAGGACGACGAGUCCGUUGCGAGGGACAAGGAUGAUGGUGACGAGUAGUGAAAAUUUUACAUUUCUUUUGCCCGAACCAUUUCUGUCGCAGACUGAUGCAGUGGUUGGGAAGCGUGAGAAAGCAAGGCUAAAAGAACUCCAGAAGAUGAAGAAGCAGAAAAUCCAAGAAAUACUAGAUACCCAAAAUGCUGCCAUUGAUGCUGACAUGAACAAUAAAGGGAGGGGACGGUUGAAAUACCUUCUUCAGCAGACAGAAAUAUUUGCUCACUUUGCAAAAGGAAGUCAGUCGAACGAGAAAAAGCCACGCGGGAGGGGACGUCAUGCAUCAAAGAUGACUGAAGAAGAGGAAGACGAAGAAUACCUCAAAGAGGAAGAAGAUGCCCUUGCCGGUGCAGGGGGAACACGUUUAGUUUCACAGCCUUCAUGCAUCAAGGGAAAGAUGCGUGAUUAUCAACUGGCUGGACUUAAUUGGCUUAUACGAUUGUAUGAGAAUGGUAUCAAUGGAAUAUUAGCUGAUGAGAUGGGUCUUGGGAAAACGCUCAAACUAUUUCAUUGCUGGGAUAUCUGCAUGAGUUCAGAGAAUAAUCUCCAUGAGCUCUGGGCUCUCCUCAAUUUCUUGCUACCUGAAAUAUUUAGCUCUGCGGAGACCUUUGAUGAAUGGUUUCAAAUUUCUGGGGAAAAUGAUCAACAGGAGGUGGUCCAGCAGCUUCAUAAGUUGCGCAAGUGCUGCAACCAUCCAUAUUUAUUCCAAGGAGCUGAACCUGGCCCACCCUACACAACUGGUGAACAUCUAGUUGAGAAUGCAGUGAUUGGUGUACGACUUUGUUAUGCUAAACUUAAUUUUGUUGCUUACCCUAAGAAUGAAUCUUAUGUCUCUGCUACUUCUGUGCAUCCAGGAAUCCACAAGCGGAUCUGCAAGCUUCAGGACCGUGCACAUAGAAUAGGUCAAAAGAAAGAAGUUCAAGUGUUCCGCUUUUUUUGCACUGAG